GUCAAGUAUGUGUUUCCCACAUUCCCUAUUAUUGGGCACCUAAUUAAUAGCUCAUAGGAACCGUUAACAAGCCAACUUGCUCACCCUACCCAUAUCAUGGAAUCUCCGUCUUAUCCAUCUCCACCUGCUGGAAUCACCGAGCUCUAUAACUCCUCUCCAACAAAGCUUCAGCCUUGGAUCCAGGCUACUGGCAGCAUUCCUGGUCGGUCCCAAAAGAACACGUGCGGUGGACCCCCCGACCCCACACAUGGCAUCGCAAAAGGGGACUGGUUGAUCAUGGGAAACAAUCCCGCUGGAGUCCAGGUGAAGGAUCCUGAAGCCUGAUGAUGGGCUGUUCGAGGUUCUCCAUUUGGUUAAAAAUGCCAAUGAAAUACGGCGAAUGUCUCAUUCAAAUGGGGCUGAAGAGUGUCGUUGUUCGAAGAUCAACCAAAAAAUGCAUCCUAUACU